CCAUCAUGUGACGCGUGACGCGCCAUCCUGGUUCACGACACCUGCGGCCACUUCCGGUAUAGCAGGGUCUUCCCCAACCUGAUGUUUCAGGUCGGAGCCACAGUUUUCGCCGGUUUUGUGGUUUUCUUGGGAAUUCUGAUAGCCUGGCUUGAGGUGACCCCGAUAGAGAGACAAGAAGAAAUUUGCAGAAUGGCUGAGGCAGCUCCAGGAAAGGAAGAUGAGUUCAGAUCGACCAAUCAGACGGCCUUUUUGGUUGGAUAUACAGGGGAAACUGGAAAAGCUUUGGUGGAGGAGCUUGUGAACCGGAACAUCUUCCAGAAGCUGAUUCUGAUUGGUCGAAGGGAACUCAACUAUGAGGGGGAAAAGUACAAUAAACUAGAGCAGAAGGUAGUUGACUAUGAGAAGCUGGACGACCAUGCUGACCUGUUCAAGGGACACAGUGUUGGGUUCUGUUGUCUGGGGACCACCAGGGGGAAGGCAGGAGUGGAGGGCUUUAAGAGAGUAGACCACGACUAUGUCAUGAUGACUGCCAAGCUGGCUAAGGAAGGGGGCUGUGGUCACUUCGUCUUACAGUCCUCACAAGGAGCAAACAAGAAGUCUAGUUUCCUGUACCCUAAAGUCAAGGGAGAGGUGGAAGCUGAGUGUACAGAAGUGGGGUUUGAAAAGCUGUCUAUCUUCAGGCCUGGGGUGCUGAUGGUGGAUCGUCAGGAGAGCAGACCGGGAGAGUGGUUCGUACGUAAAGUGCUCGCGCCCCUGAAGUACGUCGCCCCCACCGUCAUGACGUGCCCCGUGGAAACUGUUGCCAAGGCGAUGGUCAAUGCAGUGCUCACGCCAAGCGACAAGCCAGCGGAGAUCUAUGAAAACAAAGCUGUGCAUCUAUUGGCUAAGGAUAAGUCAUGUUGCACAGUUUGCUACAGAACUUUGAUUCGCCGCUUUGACAUCUACAAAUCGUACAGAAUGGCCGAAGCAGCUCCAGGCAAGGAAGAUGAGUUCAGAUCAACCAAUCAGACAGCUUUUGUGGUGGGAUAUUCUGGCGGAACUGGACUGGCAUUGGUUGAAGAACUUGUGAACCGGAACAUCUUCCAGAAGGUGUUUCUGAUUGGUCGAAGGAAACUUGAUAAGUAUGAAGGGGACAAAUACAGCAUGCUGGAACAGAAGACAUUGGACUUUGAGAAGUUGGAGGAUUAUGCAGAUGAGUUCAAAGGUCACAGUGUGGGCUUCGUCUGUCUUGGGACCUCCAGAGCCAAAGUGGGGAAAGAGGGGUUCAGAAGAGUGGACCGUGACUACAUCAUGAAGGUAGCAGAACUAGCCAAAGCUGGUGGCUGCAGGCAUUUCUUACUUAUAUCUGCUCAUGGGGCUGACAAGAACUCAUCUUUACUCUACAAUAAAGUCAAGGGUGAAGUUGAAGCAGAAUGCACAGAACUGGGCUUCCAGAGGCUGUCAAUUUUCAGACCAGGAUUACUCAUUGCAGAGCGUGAGGAAAGCCGGAUAGCUGAGAGGUUCUUCCGAGUGUUGUUGGCUCCCAUCAUUUACUUCAAACCCACUCUGGUCUCCGUUCCCGUGGAAACGGUUGCCAAGGCGAUGGUCAACGUUGUCCUGGAGCCAUGCCAAGAACCAGUUGAGACAGUUGACAACCAUGGGAUACAUCGACUGGCACAAGAGAAAGAAUCGGAAAAAUAAAACUUUUUUUCAAUA